CCCGGACCCCUGGGACCCUCCGGCCUCGCCAUGGGGAACCGGGUGACCCGGGAGGACUUCCAGCGGGUCACCACCGACCAGCAGCACAAUGCCCGGCGCCGGGAGAUCCUCGCCAAGCACCCGGAGAUCAAGCAGCUGAUGGGUCCGGACCCCGUUCUGAAGUGGGUGGUGACGGCCCUGGUCCUGGCCCAGCUCCUGGGCUGCUAUCUGGUCCGGGAGGCCCGCUGGAAGUGGGUCUUCUUCUGGGCCUACGCCGUCGGGGGCCCCGUGAACCACUCGCUGACCCUGGCCAUCCACGACAUCACCCACAACGUGGCCUUCGGCAACGGGGCCCCGGGCCGGAACCGGCUGCUGGCCCUGUUCGCCAACCUGCCCCUGGGCGUGCCCUACGCCUCGUCCUUCAAGAAGUACCACGUGGCCCACCACCGCUACCUGGGCGGGCUGGGGCUGGACGUGGACGUGCCCACGGCGCUGGAGGCCCGGCUCUUCUGCCGGCCGGCCGGCAAGCUGGUCUGGCUGGCGCUGCAGCCGCUCUUCUACGCGCUGCGGCCCCUCUGCGUGCGGCCGCUGCCCCUGAGCCGCCUGGAGGCCCUCAACGGGGCCCUGCAGCUGGGCUGCGACGCCGCGCUCUGGGCCGCCUGGGGCCCCAGGCCGCUCAUCUACCUACUCGGGGGCUCGCUGCUGGCCAUGGGGCUGCACCCCUUCACCGGCCACUUCGUGUCCGAGCACUACGCCUUCGUCCUGGGCCCCGGCGCCGGGGACACCUACUCCUACUACGGCGUCCUCAACUGCUUCACCUUCAACGUGGGCUACCACGUGGAGCACCACGACUUCCCCAGCGUGCCCGGGAGUCGCCUGCCCCUGGUGAGGAAGAUCGCCGCCGAGUACUACGACCCGCUUCCGCAUCACAUGUCCUGGUGCCGGGUGCUCUGGGACUUUCUGUUCUGCCCAUCGCUGGGGCUGUUCUCCCGGGUGGUCCGCGAAUACCCCCUGACCAGGCCGCCGCCACCCCCGGAGACCCGGGAUUCUCCCCCCGUCCACCCGGGCGAGGGGACGGACGGCUGAGCGGACACCAGGCCCCACUCGCCCGGGGUCCCUCUCCCCCAAGCCAGGGGGCUGGGAUGGAGGGGACCUGGGUCUCCUCGCUGGACUUCGGCCGAGGAAGAGGAAGAAGGGCGUCCCGGAAGGCUGUCCGACUUGAACCAGAGGAUGAAGGACUGGGAAUACAAUCAAUCGUAUUCAUUGAGCGCUUACUGCGUGCAGAGCGCC